AUGCGAUGCGCGAGCAAGGCGUCCGAGAGCGCGUCCGCACGUCUCUGUGCGGACGCCGAAGCAGAAACCACAGCAACUGAUGUCUCAUCGGUUGCUGAAGCGACCCAGCCUGUGUCACUUGGUGAUACAGGCGCUGGUCAUGAAGACACUCAUGUCUUCACAGAGUAUGAGCUCGGUGUCUCAUACUCUCCUGAUACGGAAGACGGAUCCGUAUCGACGGCGAUCAAAUCUAAGCCGCCUGCCAAACGUGGCAUGGAUGAUGCUAUGCGUCGUAGAAUCUUUGGUUCACCUGAUGAAUCAGAUGAACCAUCGCCGAAGCGAAGGCGCUCGAGGUCGCGAGACUCGGGCGCUAACAGUGGUGUCGGUUCUCCUAUUGACACCACUUCACAGCGAGGUGCCAGUACUUCUGUCGGCACAUCGCAGGAAGAGCGGGACCGCAAUGUGUUGCGUCUCGCUCCAGAAAAGAAGGCAUGGAUGCCUCCAAAAUCCGUCAUGGAUCACUUGUCGGCGACGACGAGUGAUCGUUAUCGAACACGAUUGUUCGAUUCGUCAAGGAUCCAUCACCUUGACCCCAGUGCGAAAAACUAUCGCGCUGAACAUGAAUUCUUCAUCGAUGCUUUCUUCAAACAUCGAUGGUACAGUGGGAAUCACAAACGUGAUGGUCCCUCACUGCUUCAAGCGUGGAACGCCUACAUCCAUAACCUCGAGGAUGUAGGUCGUGACGCUUGGAACGACAAACUUAUCAAAGCUCGUGAUAAGUUUGAAAAGCGAACCCCGACAGGUGCACGCUACAAGCUGCAUCGUCUGUCAAGGGAGAAAGGAUUACCCUGCCUCUCUUGGGGAGACUCGUGCCCAUGUUGUGUGAACAACUCUGCACGAGCACCUAAGGAGGCUUACCUCCUUACCAGCCCGUGGUGGCGCGUACGUGUCUCUACUGAGAUGAACGAAGGGAUUGACAACCUGAAAUCCCUUUUCGACCGUGCCGGGAAGACUUUCUCCGGCGGUCCUUCUGCGGCACAGGAUGUGCCGCGUCGUACUGCUCAACUAGACCCAGUACGUCGAUCAUCAGUUGGGAGCGGGGCUCCCAAGAAUCCCAGGACGGGGGAUAGCCGCGCCAUCGGACGAGAUAACUCGUCCGACGUCCGUUCACGUCGCGGUGGUUUAACAAUGACUUCCUCGUCAGAGCGUGAUGAGCGUGAACCAAAUCGGUUUUUGCUCGCGCGAGUCCCUCCCCCCUUAAACCAGAGUUACACUCUAGUAAGGUGGGUACACGCGGAUGGCGCAAGCCAUUCACGUAAAACGGUGUAUGUGUCGUGGACGCAUGCACCGAGUUGUUGA